GCAGCAUUUCUUUCAAACCUCAUUCAGCUUUUCGAAAAAUUUACAUGGAAACGUAAAGUCUACUCGCACAUUCUGACGGAAAAAUGAUUGGUCUGCGAAGAUCAUCAUGGCAAGAAAGACCACUGCUAAACUACUAUUAUUGUUGAUGACCACUGAUGUACUUCUUAUUUCCUUCACUCAGUCUACUCCGUGGUGGUCGAGAAGACGCCGAUGUAAAUCGUCCAAACCAUUGAUACGUGGUGUCAUAUGGGUAAAUUCUUGGCACCACGACUUCUCCACAGUUUACUGCAAAAAAAGUUUCUCUCUGAGAAAAUGGUACAGUCGACACCGAACUUGCAAGAAAGAUCGCAUCUUUUCGUUUGCAUGUGGAUACGGUCCAGUCACCUACAACAGAAAAGAUUGUGUAGGGAAAAACCAUCUUGUCAACAACUAUGACAAACCAGUGGACUUUGAGUGCAAACGGAACAGCUUUAUCAUCGGAGUCGGAAGUGAAUACAGCCAUCGGCACGCAGAUCGCAGGUUUAAGUUUCUUUGUUGUCCCGCGAGAGGUUUCGUUGCUCAUUCGUGUAAGACAACAAAGUAUCAAAAUGAAUGGAAAGGGGAUUUGGACUACUUGGUCCCAUCUGGGUACUUUUUGGUCGGAGUUUACAGUGAACAUAACAACUCCCACGAGGAUCGCCGCUGGAAAUUUGACAUUUGUAAAUUCAGCAAGAAAAGAGGAUAACUGAGAACAGAUGCAUGACAGUAAUUAACAUUAUCGUUCUUACAGAAGCUACACAUAGAAUUAGGUAUCAGAAAAUAAGGGUAGAGAGGUAAAGAUUAUAAAUUGUUGUACCACUACGAGGAA